AUGGCAAAUUACGACAGAGCCAUCACGGUCUUCUCCCCUGAUGGCCAACUCCUCCAGGUCCAAUACGCCCAAGAGGCAGUCAGGCGAGGGUCCGCAGCCGUGGGGGUGAGAGGACCAGAGGUCAUAGUGCUGGGAGUAGAGAAGAGAACAGUGGCACAGCUGCAGGACGAAAGAACGGAGAAGAAGAUAGUUCCGCUGGAUGAGCACGUCACUCUGGCUUUUGCUGGACUGAGGGCUGACGCUCGAGUCCUGAUUUCCAGGGCCCAAAUAGAAUGCCAGUCCCAUCGUCUAACAGUGGAGGACCCGGUCACCACAGAGUACAUAGCGAGAUACAUAGCUGAGAUGAAGCAGAGGUACACACAGAGCAACGGGCGAAGACCUUUUGGGAUCUCCUGCCUGGUGGGGGGGUUUGACUUCGAUGGCAACCCGCAUCUGUACCAGACUGAGCCUUCGGGGAUCUACUAUGAGUGGAAGGCAGGGUCCAUAGGCCGAUGCGACAAGACAGUAAGGGAGUUCUUAGAACAGAACUACAAGCCGGAGCUGGUGACGACCGACCAAGGAACUGUGAAGCUGGCGAUAAAGGCCCUGCUGCAAGUCCAGUCGCGAGGAGCGAGGAAUCUUGAUAUAGCCGUCAUCAAAAGACGCCAGCCCGUAAAGAUGUUGAACGAAGAAGAAAUCAACACUGUGAUACAAGAAAUAACGAGAGAGAAAGAAGAGGCUGAGAAAGAAAAAAAGAGGCAGUUGUAGCAAUGUUUUAAUUUUUU